CUCAUCCGAUUCCAAGACACAGGACAGCUCUGAGCUCUGCUCCGCCACCGUCCAACCAGCAAUGCCAGCGGUGGCGUCCCUAUCGACACCGGCGCCGGCCGCGGCUGCGCGGCGCCGGAGGUUCUCCCCCGCGGCUUCGGCGUCGCUGCGCCGGGUCGCGUCGGGCGGGGGCUCCAGCUGGCGCAGCGAGCGGCGGCUCAUGUCGGAGCUGGAGCGCACGGUCACGGCGGGCGCGGCCGAGCGCGUCAUCCGCAGCUACGUCGGCACCAAGUCGGAGCGCGCCGCCCUCGCCGCGCUCUCCAGGCUCCUCAUGGACUCCGACCCCCUCGCCAUCCCGUUCUAUGAGGCAGUCACAAUGGCCCGGUGGUUCAAAUGGAGCUCUAUUCAUGCUGCUGCAGUUGCUGCCUUGCUUGAAGUAAAUGGAAGCACAGGAGAAUCAAGGUCCCUGAUCUCUGACUCCAUCUCGCAGCACCUCCAGUCCACCGAUGAGGUGGCUCUCUUCUACUGUGAUCUCAUGGCUGCUUUCUCCUCACGUGGGCUGAAAGAUCGGGCAGUGGAUUUCUACACUGAGCUACGGUCAAUGCCGCUCACCAGGCACAAGACCUACACAGCCAUGAUAAAAUCCUUGUGCCUGAUGGGUCUAGCCACUGAGGCUGAGGAAGCGCUUAGGGAGAUGGUCUCUCUCGGCUACCAGCCUGAAGCCUUCCAGUUUGGAUUGGUCGCGAAAUGCUAUGGCAAGUCAGGUUCGUUAGUUGAGAUGGAGAGGGUUAUUGCAUCCAUGUCAGAUGCUGGUAUCCGCCUGGGCACUGGCGCAGCGAACAUCGUGCUUUCAUGCUACAGCUCCUGCCGUGAUCAUUCCAAGAUGCUGGCAUGGUUAAAGAAGAUGAAAAAACUGCGCAUUGUGCCAACUACAAAAGCAUACAACUUUGUGCUCAAUUCAUGUCCCACGCUUGCUUCAGUGGUUCAAGAAUUGAAUCCUUCACUCCCACUGUCAACGACCGGGUUGGUCAAAAAGCUCAAGUCUGUAUCUACACUAGCAUCAGAAGCUGAACUGGUGCACGAGCUUCUAGCCUCCUCGUCAGUGUUGGACAAGGCAAUGGAGUGGUCUGAAACAGAGGUGAAGCUGAAUCUGCAUGGAUUCAGUACAAUCGCUGCCUAUGUGUUGAUGCUGCAGUGGGUGGAUGUGAUUAAGGGCCGUACGUUACCGUUGGAGGUGUCUGUUGUGUGUGGCAUUGGGAAGCACAGUGAUGUCCGAGGUGAACCCAAAGUGCGGGAGCUGGCACAGGAGGUUCUGAGCCGGAUGGGGAGCCCCCUUCGGCUAUCCACAAGGAACAAAGGGCGUCUUGUGGCAAAGCGAGAUAGGGUGACGCGAUGGCUUGCCAGCCUUCCAGUGCCUGAUGAGGUUUCAGAUAAAUCACCUGAUGCAUCGAGCCAACAACCAUUUGUAUUUACUCUUUUCAGAAAACUUGGACAAUUUUUUUCCACCCUCGUGUAGGUUUUCAGAUGAAUUGCAGAGUAGAAUGAUAGGAAGUCUACAUAAGGUGCUCAAAUAUGUGUUGGCCUAAUCCUUGUUCUGAUGCGGGAGUGUUAUGCCUCAACUAGCUGCUUGAUGCUGAUGGGACUGAUGAACUGUGCUGGUCCAUCAUAGAAGGCAUGGCCCGCAAACUUGGAAGUAGCCUGAGUAGGGUGCAGAAGGUCCCAGAAGAGGUACUUGCUGCGGUCACUGCAGCAGCUGGAGCUGGGGGUGCACCCUCUCUCAGCAUUGAAUCUGCCAUCACCGCAGCAUGCACUCUUCACCUCCUCCAACCCUGCAGGGAAAAAGUGAUCAACGCUGCAGAAAUACUGGAGAAAGAUGCGGCAAAUCAGUGCUAUUACAAUGUUCGAUGUGUGGGUUUCAUAUCCAGAAUACUCCUGCUCAGUUUUUGCAACUUACCAGCCGCAUGGGGUUUUUUAAUCAAACUAGAGACAAGCUCAUAAGCACUGGCAAUGGAGUACUUCAUGCCGUGCAUUUCUGAGCUGAGAUUGCUGAACAGGUCCCUGAUUCCAUCAUUCAGGCUCUUGGCCAACUGAUUCAAGGGCUCAACACAUUCUCCGGUUGGGUUCUGGCUUCUCAAGUAUGGACAGCACCCAAUUAGUGGCACAUUGAUCACCACGAAUUUCCUCGCUCCCAAAUUGUACAGUGUCUGCAGAAAAGUAAAUAUACAGAUACAGUUAUAGUUGAUAAAAGCAUCCACUUCUUUUGUCAGCACUUCAGCACUUCAGCUCUUGUGCUUAGAGCUCCUGACUUCCAUCUUCCGAGUAUGAUAACGUAUGAUGACUAGAGUUCUUACUUUGACAUGGCUAUCAUACGUGGAAAUCAUAGCUUCAGAGAACUGCUGAAUGGCGGUGGAGUCUGGUGAUCUGUUCUGUAAGAAGAAGUCGAAGGCAUCAUUCGCCCCAGCGCUUAUGAGGAAGAUGGAUUUUGACAGCAAGGCUGACACUCUGCCAGCACUCAGUCUGGUUGACAUCUGGUCUUUAAGGUCUGAGAAGUACUCUAUCUGCUGCGUCAUGCUGAUUGUAGAUCCCUGUUGUAUUGACCAUUUGGAAUUUUGGUGUUAGUGGUUUUCUUCGGAGUAAUUAUGGUACUAGGUAAUGUUGAUUGUACUAGCAAUUUAAUUUGUAAGGGAGAAAAAUUCUUGACAAUCACAUAUGCGUUUCACCAAAUUCAUGAGCUGAGUACAAAAGAUGCUAUUUCGGUUGAACUUUUGUGACCAAUCUUUUCAUCUUUAGGUAGUAUUGAAUCACUUGAUGUACAGUUACCAUUAAAGAUUUAUGUACCAAAAAGUUCACUUGA